AAUAUCACACACACUUAAGCUUCAAGAACACCCAGCUAGCUAGCCAUGGCGAUGAUGAUGAUCAUGCCGCCCAAUACUAUCACCAAGUUGGCCAUCUUGCUUCCCUCCAUCUUAUGCAUGCUUCUGCAGCCAGCUUCAAGCGAAUCGGCGAGAACGAUUACUGCUCCAACAAUCGCUACCAACGAUUCUAACCUCAUAUACCAUGGUCAGAUCAAUAUCAGUAACAGAUCAGGGACACUACUGCCAGCUGUCGCAGGCCGACGACGACAACCUCGUGCAACUUCCAGCAGCAGCAAUAAUAAUAAUGUUUCCGUUCAGACAGACUGUGUUGAAGUAGGUGGUAGUUGCACCUACGAAAACUGCCUUCAGCUUUACCCUAAUGGGUGUGAUGACGCGUACUACAUGAAUUGCGACUGUGACAUCGACGUUUGCAGUUGCUUCGUUGCUUGAUGUCGAUCGAUAGAGCCGUUUUCCUUGCUCCUUAAGAUAAUAAUAAAUACGUCCAGCAACAGUACUGUGCGGAGCAAGCUUGUGGGAGGAGCUAGCUAGCAAGGUUUAGUCAAAGAAUGAAAUAUAUCAUUGUUGUUGUAAACUGAAUUAUCUAUGAGAUUAUUGGCUUUUUGAUUACUGUAAUACGCGUCUUAUCAAACAAAAAUCGUUACGAUAUCAAAGAAUGAAUCAUUGUUGUUGUAAACUAAAUGCAUUACACAAAUAAUUAUGAUAUUACGUAAAAUUUAUUCAGCGAUAGUCAUUUCUUAUGUAUCAGUUAAACAAACAUAUAUUUUUUUUAAUUUGUUGGCUACAAUAUUCGAACAUAAGUUUUGGUGGAUAUUUUCAUCCCCAUAUUGACUUGCUUUUAUUGUUAGAUCCCAUAUUAAGGAAGUUUUUACGCUAUAAAUGCAUUAGGUAAAA